AUUUAACCAACAAUUCUAACAUUUUAUUUUCAUCGAUGUCUACGUAGACAUUUUAUUCCUGUGAUUUUUGUAGCCGACAACUUUUCAGAGAUUUGAAGUGACUCCCCCACCCCCUCCCCCCGUGAUUCGUCCACAGUGUUGAGCGAUCUUACCGUGUUCUGUGCUGUCAAGGUGAUAGGUGGGUGUGUAGGGCGGGACAUUUGAACCUAUUCUACUGGAUGUGCUAUUGUUUACUGUCAAACAAGUGUUAUGUGUGUGUGAGGUGGGGGAGUGUUUAGAUGUGCUAUACAAUUACAAUCCGACUUAACUAACAGAAAGCCAUUUGUUAGCUGGUUUGUAAACUGUGGCCUGCCACCCAUAUAAAUAAAGUAUAGAGCAAGGGUUUCUCCGUGCAGCUUAUAUAAUUGGUUAUUUGAGUCAAUUUUCAUGUCCUGCCUGUUGAAGUCAGCUUCACCACUGUAGUGCUGUCAUAUUUUCUUCCUGUUUUAUCAUAGUCACAUAGUCCAGUAGGUUUUUCAUACAACUGGAGCUCUCGUUAUUUUGUGAAAGGAAACUGCUUACACGUUUAGUGUACUACGUAUACUAUUCUAGACACAGAGGAUUGGUUGUGAGGAUUGAUAGAGAGAAUUCAUUGUGAGGAUUACACGGAUGUUAACACAGGAGGGGUGUACAAUGUGAGGAUCUGCCCAGGCUGUAAGAAGGUCCAGGGGAUGCCUGUAGGUGACGUGGUGCCGCUAUGAGCCACCCGUCAACCUGCGGCCGCUGUCACAGGCGAGAGAAGAGCCGCUCCAGCAUCCGGCGUCUGUCCGACAUCCUGCCCCACUCCGUACAGGGCGCCAUCAACACAUUCACCUUGCCUAUGCCGGCCAGCCUCAUAGCCAAGGGCAUUGAUGGCUUUGAGGAGCUAAGAAAGUUUAUUAAGCAAGGGAGUGAAUUCAGCAAGGAAAUAUCUCUUAUUUUACAAGAACGGUCUGAAGCUGAAACAGUUUAUGCUAAAAGUCUUUCAAAGAUUGCCACAAAACUUGUCAAGGCAAGUGGGAGCAGCUUAGGGUCAGUUUCAGAAGGAUGGAAGGCUGUGGGUGUUGCCAUGGAGCAAGAGGCGGAGCUACACAAAAAUCUGGCAGCUGGUUUGUUGGAAGACAUCAGCAAACCUCUCAGAGUUUUUGUGGAAACCCAGAUCAAAGCCAGGAAACCGCUGGAGGCACAAGUUGAUAAAUCUUAUAAAAAUCUUACAGACAGAAGGGCUGAAGAGUUUAAGUGCAAGAAACAUUCCUUUUCGUGUUGUCGAGAUUAUGAAAAAGCUGAAGUAUCUUUAAUUGAUGCUAAAGCUGGGAAAGGCAAAGACACAGGCAAGGUGGAGAAGAAAAGCAAACAGUAUUUAACCCAGUUGAAGAAAGCAGACAAGGACUACACAGAGUCAUGUUAUAAAGCUGAGUCAUCGCGUCAAGAGUGGGACAUGACAGUUGCUAAGUCAAGCAGUUCCAUGCAAGAGCUUGAAGAAGAGAGGUUAAAAAGCAUGCAGGAUUACUUGAACAAAUACAACAGCCAUAUAUCAGUCCUGCCACCCAAGCUUACACAGUAUUUUGAUCGUCUGAAUGAGGCUGUGGUUACAGUGGAUGUGCCACAGGAUAUACAAACAAUAGUUCAACAUAAAGGGAUGAAAGGACCACGACUUCCAGAACAGACCCUGGUGGAUUGUUAUGCAGAAGAUAGCCAGGUAUCUUUUAACUGUGAAAGGCGCAAGGAUGCACUAAAAAAUUAUCUCAUCCACUUGCAACAAUAUAUUGAAAAGGAGAGGAAAGGAAAAGAAGGUGUUCAGAAGCUGGUGGAUGUUUACAAAAGUAAGCCAAGUUAUGCUAACCCUGACACACAAGAGGACACAAGACAGAAGCUUGAACAAACAAUUUUCAUGCUCAACUUCCUGGAGGCCAGCCACUACAAAAUCAACAGCAACUUGUGUAAAUAUGAGGGCAAGACUGUCCCACACAGCAUGUUCUCACAGUACAUUGAGACCGUCAGGGACAAGCAGGGUUUCCUGGUCAGCACUUUGAGGCUCCCACUGAAUUUAGCCCUAGAAGGAAAUAAUGACUACACAGCGUGUACACAGACCAAUGACUACUACCAGGAUAUUAACACAUCAGAGCAUGAAGAGUUCAGUGAUGAAGAGUUCCCUUCUCCGACUGUCAUUGGCCAUUGUAGAGUGUUGUAUGAUUAUGAAGCUACCAGACCAGAUGAGCUUACAAUAAGAACAGGUGAUGUGAUAAGUGUGUAUGAGAAAUUACGAGACGGAUGGUGGGAAGGAGAACUACACGGCAUCAGAGGAAUUUUCCCCUCCACGUAUGUGCAAGAGUCCUAGUGUUCUGUCUAGAAAAAUGCUGGUUAAAAUCACUAGCCAAUCAGCAGCUAGCUAACAGACUAGACAAAUGCUGGCCAAAAUCACUAGCCAAUCAGCAGCUAGCUAACAGACUAGACAAAUGCUGGCAAAAUCACUAGCUUAAUAGCAGCUAGCCAAAAGCAGCUGGCAUGCAGACUAUUUGAAUGUAACACUGACUACAUUUCCACAAGAACAGAUAGACAAGUGAUAACUGAUGUAGAUAGAAUUGAUCUGUAUUAUAAAAAUGCUUUUUCAAAGUUCACCAAGUUAAUUUUUUUAUUUUUUAUAGCCUUUUUGUUUCUUGAACUACUGUACCCAUCUGAUGCUUUUAUAAAGUUCAAAAACUCUAUUUUCCUUUUUGUUUUUUCUUUUACUAGAUUUUGUUCCUUUAAAUUUAUUUAAUUUCCUAUACUAUAACAGAAACAAAACAGACUUUUUUAAAAAUUUUCUUUAUAAAUAUUUUUGUCACUAAGCAAACAGUUAAAUGUGAUAAAGAUUGUUCUUUAAUGCAAUAUCUUUGGGGUUUUGAAUGUUUAUUUCAUGAUGCUGGUUUCUACUAGGUUUCUAUCAUAUAAUAUGUUGGUUGCUUUAACCCUUAAAGCGCACCACGUGGCCUUAUGCGUUUUAAGUUGUGUAACAGCAAAGCCACAAUUGUGGCUUGGCGCGCUUUAAGGGUUAAGCAGAUUUAUACUGGAGUAUAAAAUUAAUUAGUAGUUUUCUCUUUGUAAAUCUCUAUCAAGUUUUGUUUGUAUAAAACAACAUUUAAAAAAAAUAAUGUAUGUCCAACAGAUAUUUGUUAUGCAAAUAACAUUUGAUAUAAUACUCAAGCUUACAAAAGGCCAGGCAUUACUUGUCAUAUUUAACAAUUGAUCAUGUAUUGAAAACUUUUUUUUUCCAAAAGCAAGUUACAUCAUGGAACAGGUCCAAUAACUCAUCAAUUUUUUUGUUUUGUUUUGAAAGUAUUCUUUUUUUUUAACAGAAUCAAAAAAAAAAAAUCAGGUUAAUAAAUUAUAAACUUAUUUAAAGAGAUUGUUGUUAAUAUUCCAAUGUCUGUGUCUGCAAGCUUAUGGGGUGUAUAUAGAUAUUAAAUAGUGAAAUGUUUUCUUAUAUCAUUGCAGUUGCAGAUUGGAUUAUUUUAUGUUUAACCAAUGACCUUAAAUCACAUGUAAAUAAAUUGUAAAAUAGUUAUUUGGUAAGCAGAAAUAUAGAUAUGUUGAAUAAAUUUUGAACAGAAAUAAAUUUUUUUGUUAAUAAAAAAAAUGUCCUACUUGAGCAUGUAUGUUAUAUGUGACAUUGAUUUAUUUGUUGCCAUCUCUUCGUAUAACCCCCACACUACCCCUUGUGACAGCAUAAUUGUGUUCUGUGUAGUGCUAAUAAGACUACCAGUGGAAGCAGCCUCUAAUUGUAUCCAUGUUUUCUGAUCCCUGUUUUUAUGGUACACUGACAUGAAAGUCUAUGCAAGUUUAAACUAAUCAUGUAUCUGGUGUCUAGUUUCAGUUUCUUCAUUAUAAAAUAAGUACCUUAACUUAUUUGUGUAGGUUGUAUUUGAAAUGUUUGUAUUUUGAUCUAUUGAGUACCAGCUAAUGUUGUAAUAAAUAUACUUUAUAUUUGUACCUCUGCAUGUAGACCUAUCAUAUAUUUUUAUAUAGUUAAAAAUCUUUGUGUUUGAAUCUCAAAAGCUAAAUCCCCUCUAGAUUAAGGCCUUGAUUCAAGCAGUGUUAAAUUUAUACUGUGAAAUGUGCUAAUUUUUGUUGUGUCUAUACUUGGUUGCUAUUUAAAAAAAUAUUAUUGCAUGCAAAGAAAAUUAAUUUUGUCAAGCUCUGUCAGGAAUAUCAAAUAUGGUUGGUGAAUUUGGUUUUUUAUUCUUCGCUUGCAAACUAUUAUUUACAACACACUGAUAUUUCUUUUGCUAAUAUUUUCCUACUAUUUUAUCAUCUUGUAAGGUUGUGUUCAUUUAUGUUGAUCUCUUCUGUUUAUUAUUUUCUCAGAUAUUAUGGUUUAUGCUAACCUAACACUUCAAUAUAUGCACAAGUGGUGUUUGUACAUAGACGUGACACCACUCAUUUCAUUGCACUGUGAAAAUAUCAACUUUGUACAUACAUAGUUUAUCUUCACAUGUAAAUGUUUAAUGUGGAUACAUUGUAUGUGUUGUGAAUUCAUUCCAUGCUUCUAUAAAUAAUUAUUUUAGUUACAUGUCUUAAAAGAUGUUGUUUGCUGUAGUUAAUAAUGAAGUAAACUAAAACUAAAACAAUGUAUCUAAGGUUUAGCUAACCAGAAAUAACCAAAAACAUCUUUGGUUUAUAAAUAUUCAGAAAUAUUGCUAGAGCAACUACUACUAACUUCCUAAGAGAAAUCUUCAUUAAUUAGUUCUGCAUUAUAGUUACACAAGUAAAGGGCUUAAUUUUAAAAUUGUCAUACUUUUUAAAAUAUCGUUUCCUCGUUGCUUAAGUGUCUAUUUUUUUCUGGGUCUAAAUCAAAACAUAUUUAUUAUUGCAAUAAGCAUCAUUUCUAUCUACAGGGCAGUAAUUUUUAUUUCAAUAGUGCUUAUAUUUUUGUUGACGUAUUGUAAUGUAGUUAUGACUUUUAAAAUGUGCUCUAAUUAUGGUUCAUACUUAUGUAUAAAAGCUGACUACAGAAUAUUUAGUUUUAAAAAUAACUUUAGCAUAGGAGAGAGUGUGGAACAUUUUAAAAUAUUUGGUUUAGUUGUUGGGCUAUUUACUAUCUAUAACAAUUAUUCUGGUUUUCCAAUGUGAGGAUUGUGGAAGUGAUUUUAAAGUUUAAUAUAAUUAAUAUUCAGUUAAACAUUUAUUUAUAAUAAAAAAAUAUUCAGUUAAACAUUUAUUUAUAAUAAAAAAUAUUGGAUGUCUUUUAAACUUCUAUAAAUAACUCCUGAUAAAAAAUUGAAUGGCCAGAAUUUGUUCCUGCUCAAGUUUCUCAAUCGCCGGUGUCAGAUUUUUAUUUUAGUUCCAGCUCAAUAUUGUAUCUCUGAUGUCUUAUGUUACUGUAACAUAUUUCAGAUUGAGGAACUGUUAUUUUGUGCCAUAGAAAAGCUUGUCACAAUGUUCGCAUUAAAGUUUUGUAUUGACUUGCAUGUAACCCUGUUUGUUACCAUGCUCAUUGUAGUAUAUUACACAAAUAAAUAAAUAUGUCACAAUCA